UCACCAAUAUAUAUCCAUUAUAUUGCACAAACCCCUUAUUCAAACAAUAAAAUUACAAAGGAAAAAAAAUCAAUGGGAAGACAGAACCGGAGUACAAAUGCGGCACCUCAAGGAAAAGAACACUUCAGUCAUUCCCACAUCUUGAAACUAAUUGUCAAUGAUCCAACUGAAACUGAAACACUACUCACUUGCAAUGCUUGUGAGCAACCAAACAAUAGCAACAAGCCUUUCUACGGCUGCAACACCUGCCAAUAUUUCCUCCACGAAAACUGCUUCAAUGCUCCGCGUUUUCUCAAUCACCCGUCUCAUCCUUCCCAUCCAUUGACCCUUCUCCCAAUUGCGACUUACUCAAGUCGUUCCUAUACUUGCAAGGCUUGUGACUCUGCUGGUAAUGGUUUUUGCUUUAGCUGUGCUUGUUGUGAAUUUGAUAUUCACUUGCAAUGUGCAUCUUGCCCUAGCUCGAUACUUGUUGAUAAACACGCGCAUCAAUUGGAGCUCCACUUCGGUUCUCCUUACGAAGACAAGGAUAUCGAUUAUGUUUGCGAUAUCUGCACUGAAAUAAUGAACAAGGACGACUGGCUGUACUAUUGCGCUGCUUGUGAUUUCGCGUCACACUUGCAAUGUGCGAUAAUUAGUCCUGAAGUCAGUGUUUUCCCCAAACAGCAGCGUCCAAUUCCAAAUUCAAAUACAAAUCCAAAUCCAAAUCCAAACCCGACCCCAAAUAGAAAUCCAAAUGCAACACUGGAGAUGAUAAAUUCAGCAAAUGAAGCUCAUGAACAGAUAAUGGCAGCUCAAAUUAGUGCUCAGAUUGCAGCACGAGGAAGAGAGGCUUGUCUGGACUUGAUAGCACCACGAAGACGAUACAGUUACUAUUAACUCGAUCGUCCUGAUAACAAAAUUGUUAAAGCUCAAAUUAUGCCUUAUAUUGUGAUUUCUGUUUUUUAAUUGCAAAAUAAAUGUUUUUGUCUGUUAUUUCUCUUCAAAAUCAAAUGUUAGUACUAUUAAUACCUAUUUCCAAUUAUAUCA